UUGAAAAAAGAAAAUAUGUCAAACGAGAAACCGAAAGGCAUUAACCCGAGAAUGCACGAAAACAAGCAAACAUUGAAACUCAGCGUCGGCGCCGACGUCGAAGGUAACGGAGGGGUAGACGCCGUUCAUGUUACAACGACUCUCAUGAAAAGCGUUUCCUUAUUUCUCACGAGUGCUUGGAAGGCCUCGGUGAACAUAAAAAGACCGUCCUCAGUGAAGCCAACGAAACAAGAGCCACGAUCUCCGCGUAAAAAAAAAAUGCCGGAAAGCGGAAACGCCAGAAAUUCCGCUUACAUUGUCAAGGUUAUCGAGUCUCUCAAGAAGAAGACUAAAUUUAACAGAACAGAAUUAGAUGGACUCUGCAAACUAUAUAAGAAAUUAAUGACGCAAACUGGCCACCAACAAGUGAAUCCAUCGAUGGACAUUUACAGAAAGCCAAGACCAAUGCACAGUGUCGAGGGAAUCGAUAGAUCUAUUUUUCGCGAUCUUCUUCACAAUACUUUCAAAGUUAUAACCGAAGAUACGUUGGUAGAACGAUUGUUUUGUUGUUGGGAUCGCGAAAAUGAAGGUACUAUUAAAUUAGAAUCGUGGAUCAUGGGUCUCGAUGUUUUCCUCCGUGGCAAUCUACAGGAUAAAACCGAUUUCUGUUUUCGUGUUUACGAUUUAAAUAAUGAUGGUUUUAUUACGAAAGAUGAAAUCUUUCAAUUGUUUAAAAACUGUUUAAUAAAGCAACCAGGAGAAGAAGAUCCGGAUGAAGGAAUACGAGAUUUAUCAGAAUUGACUUUGAAAAAACUCGAUGUCAAUCGCGAUGGAAAAAUAUCAUUUCAAGAUUAUGAAACGGCAAUUAGAAAAGAACCAUUGCUACUCGAAGCUUUUGGACAGUGUUUACCUACGGAAGAAAAUUGUACAGCCUUUAUCAAAUCGUUACAAUAUUGAAACAAUUGUCACCCAUUUCGAUUUCAUCUUGACUUGAAAUAUUGCAGAAAAGUAAGGAAUUUCAUUACAUAAUAUGGAAGAACACAAUAAGAAAUGUGUUAUAAAAGGAGAAGUAAUGUUCGUGUAAUGAAAACAAUUAAGAACUUAUAUUUUAUUGCAUACGAAAGAUUUUCUUAUAUAUUGGAAACAUAUACUUAUGCGAAUUUUAAUGUUAAAAAUCUAUCGCAGAUAUGCUUGAAGAGACAACUUUACUUUUUGCAUUUUCAUUCAUAUUUGUAUUCAAUAUAUGUUUAACUUUAUUAGAUUUACCAAUUCCCAAUUUUGGAAGUCCCCUAUUCAAACCUUCCAAUAAUAUACAAGCUUUACAUAAUUCCUGACUCGAAACAAAUCCACAAUUAUUACAAUGCCUUCGUUCUGGAUUUUUUACAUUGCUCUUUACUUGCAUUCUUUCACCUGACAUUAAAAUUUAAUGAUCUAUGUAUUAUAGAUAUUAAAAAAAUAAAUAUUAACUGUUAUGAUGAAAUUCUUAUUUUAAAAGUAUACAUACCAGAAUGAAUGAUAUCUAUGAUAGAUGAUGGUCUUACUUUUUCCAAAUCUUUUAAAAAUGUUCGAGCAUAUCCUCGAUAAGCAUUAGGAGCAUAUACGCAUUCGGUAGAAAAAUAAAUUAAUUUUUGAAAGUGUGCAUACAUAACAAUCUCUUUUUCGUAAGCGUAUUUCAAUGGUUUGCAUCUAACAAUAGCAUCCGCUCCUGACUAUAAUAAAAAAUAAGAUAUUUCAAAUCAUCCUGCAUUUCGUAUUAAUUUUGUUCAUAAAAAUUUGAAAUUAUCUAACCGUUAUUAUAGCCGUACAUCUUUGCAACCGAGCAAUGUCACCACGUAAAAUAUUCAUUAGAACUGUCUCAGCUAUGUCAUCCGCAUUGUGACCUGUUGCAAUACAAUCCACACCUAAUAAAGCACCUCCUCUAUCUAAUGCCUGUCUUCGAAAUACACCACAGAAAGUACAAUUAUUUUUUCUGCCAAUCUACAAUUGAUUUUAAACAAACAAAUGUUUAUUUUACUGACACAUUAAUGUAUUCAUAUAUGAUGCUUAAUGUAUUACAAAUGAUAAAUGUAUGGCUUACUUGUUCUACUAUAGCAUCCAUUGUCCAUCCAUAUAUAUCUUUGUAUGAUAAUAUUUUUAAUGGUAUACCAUAAUCAUCUCUAUUUUUUUCCACAGUUUCCAAACUAUCAUCUCGGUAUCCUAUAGGUAUAUUAAAUUAAUAAAAAAUUAUUUUUACUUGU